AGAUCCAUAAAAAAACACAAAGAAGAAGAAGAAAGUUCCGCCCACACUGAAACCCGCCAUCUCCAUUUCGAAGCUGAUCCAAUCCUGGUUGGUGUCUGAUAAGGUCAUGUCAGCGGAUGUUACCAAGUGCACUGACGUAACUAAAAACAUGGAUGAAAAGAUGGAGGGUUGCCCCUUGUCAGAGGAGAGAGAUGAGAAGGAACCAACAGACAUGGAAGACUCACCAGAAAAGCCUCAGAAACCACAAAAUGAAAUAAGGAGAGACAUAAGUCUCUCUCAAAUAGUUGAAGGGAAGAGGGAGAAGAAGUUGGUGAAAAGACUUGAUUUUCAGGUUGUGAAACCGAAGAGGGUGCUGAAAGUUGAAAUUGGUAGCGGAGAUAAAUUGGGAGACAUUGCACGAGUUAAUCACCAGCUUGGAAAGCUGAAGGUCCCAGAUCUAAAACCCCUUCAUAUCAUUCUCUUUGAUAUGCCAGGUAAGAUUGCCACAAUGAGGAAAAACAUGCGGCUCUUCAAUGGAUUCCCGUUUGAGGUUGACAGUGAUCCCUAUUUAAAGAAAAAGGAGAGGAUGAUGAAGUUAACAUGCGCCAAGUUGAGGACCAUCUGCACGGUGUUGGACCUGGAGAAGGGAGGAAACCAGUCGGUCCUCAUCGACCGAAUAAUACAUUUCCUCAUGAGUCCCAGAAUAUCAGGAAAACCUGUGAUGUCUAAGCGGAAGAAGAAGUCAAAAAAGAACAUCUCAACCAAAGACUCUAAGAGCAAGACUAAGGCAAAGAGUACAUCCAGUAGCCCUCGGAAAGCCAAAGCAGAGAGCAAGUCUAAAGCCAUCGUCACGGACUCUAGCAGUGACGACGAUGAUGAUGGUGAGCCAGGGGUCACGGCAGAAGUAGAGAAGUCGAUCAGCGAAAAGAAGAGUGGGAUAUCCAGAAUGAAGGAGAAAGUGUUGACUGAUGAUUCUGAUGACGAUGACAAUGAGGAGGAUGAGGACGUCAAGUCAAAGCCAGCAGCCAAGAGUAAGAGAACCCCCGCCAAGAAGCAUGCACCACCAGCAAAAAAGACAGCGCCUGCCAGAAAGAAGAUGGAGCAAGACUCUGACAUAUCUGAUUCAGAUAACGAUGAUGAUGAUGAGGAGGAGGAGGAGGAGGAGGAGGGCAUGCACAGUGACGUUGAGAAGCCAAAAAAGAAAGCUACAGCAAAGAGGCCGGCUGCUAAGACCAAGAAAGCCGACAGCAGCAGUAAUAGACAGAAAAAGACUGCCACUGCUUGCAAAACUGCGUUCGACAGCUCGGACGAUGACGAGCCGUUGAUAAAGAUUAUCAAGAAGCCUCCGACAGACGAGCAGCUGAAGGAGACCGUGAAGAGGCUUCUGAAAGACGCAAACCUAGAGGAGAUGACCAUGAAGCAGAUCUGCCAGAAAGUAUACAACACAUACCCAGAGUAUGACCUGACCAGCAGGAAGGACUAUGUCAAGCAGACUGUAAAAGAGCUGAUUUCCCAAAGAACAUAACUGUCCUUGUGACAAAGAGAACUGUGUUACGUGAAUGUUCCAAAUCUGGAAAAGGAUUAACACGAGAAUGUAUGUAGCAACCUCAUUAUAACCCCAGUUUUACUUCUGUGUUCAUUUGAGAUUUUUUAUUUGAAUCAAUGCUUUUAUACAUGUUUCUGUAUUAAGUAACUUCUCUUCUCUUAGGUCAUAUUUAUCAUGCUUAUUAAGAUUUAUGUAUUCAAGUAAGUGGUUGUUUAUAAUGUGUGUUUUGUUAAUAAACACACCCUACUGAUCUCAA